AUGAGCUUUUGCUGCCAGCUGGUGGCUGUCAAUGCACACAUCCCUCCGGAUUAUCUUCUUAGGAUCUGUGAGAGACUUGGACCCCUUUUAGACAAGGAAAUCCCACAGAGUGUCCUAGGUGUGCAGACUUUGCUGGGUGUCGGGCGCCAGUCUCUAUUAAGGGCAGCAAAAGACUUCAGACACACGCUAUGGAAAGGAUCUGCGUUUGCAGCUCUUCACAGAGGCCGCCCGCCCGAACUGCCUGUAAAUUACGGGAAACCACCAAACGUGGUAAAUAUAAUUUCUGCCAGGCAAUUAACUGGAUGUGGACGUUUCAGCCACUUGUUCCCAACAUCCACCUACCAACACAUGAAGAUGCAUAAGAGGAUUUUGGGGCAUCUCUCGUCUGUUUAUUGUAUAGCCUUUGAUCGCAGCGGGAGGAGGAUAUUUACAGGGUCAGAUGAUUGUUUGGUCAAAAUCUGGGCUACAGAUGAUGGGCGCCUGCUCUCCACGUUGCGAGGACACUCGGCUGAAAUCUCUGACAUGGCUGUUAACUACGAGAACACGCUGCUUGCUGCAGGCAGCUGUGAUAAAGUAGUUCGAGUGUGGUGUCUUCGAACCUGUGCCCCAGUCGCAGUGCUGCAGGGCCAUUCAGCUUCCAUUACUUCCAUACAGUUCUCUCCUGCAAGGAAAGGAACAACACGAUACCUCACUUCUACUGGUGCUGAUGGAACAAUCUGUUUCUGGCAGUGGCAUGCUAACACCAUGAAAUUUAAGGAUCGUCCUGUUAAAUUUGCUGAGAGGUCCAGGCCUGGUGUUCAGAUAUCUUGUUCAUCUUUCAGUUCUGGUGGCAUGUUCAUUGCAACAGGUAGUACUGACCAUGUGAUAAGAAUUUAUUAUUUGGGCUCAGAAUCACCUGAGAAAAUGGCUGAGUUAGAAUCUCAUACGGACAAAGUGGUUGCCGUCCAGUUCUGUAACAAUGGUGACAGCUUAAGAUUUGUCAGCGGAAGCAGAGAUGGAACAGCAAGAAUAUGGCACUAUCAGCAACAAGAUUGGAAGAGUGUAGUCCUGGAUAUGGCUACUAAAAUGACAGGAAACAAUGUAGCAUCUGGGGAGGACAAGGUGACUAAACUGAAGGUGACUAUGGUGGCUUGGGAUAGAUAUGAUGCCACUGUCAUCACUGCAGUCAACAAUUUCCUUCUCAAAGUGUGGAACUCGUCCACAGGGCAGCUUCUUCAUAGCUUAUCUGGUCACGAUGAUGAAGUUUUUGUUCUGGAGGCCCAUCCCUUUGACCAAAGGAUUGUACUUUCAGCGGGUCAUGAUGGAAAUAUUUUUGUUUGGGAUAUAGACAAAGGAACAAAAAUUCGCAAUUACUUUAAUAUGAUUGAGGGCCAAGGCCACGGAGCUGUUUUUGAUUGCAAGUUCUCACCAGAUGGACAGCAUUUUGCCUGCACAGAUUCUCAUGGACAUCUGCUGCUAUUUGGUUUUGGAUGCAAUAAAUAUUAUGAAAAGAUUCCAGAUCAGAUGUUCUUCCAUACGGAUUACCGACCACUGAUCCGUGAUGCAAAUAACUACGUGCUGGAUGAACAGACUCAACAGGCUCCGCAUCUUAUGCCUCCUCCCUUCUUGGUGGAUGUGGAUGGAAAUCCUCAUCCCACCAGAUUCCAACGACUGGUACCAGGGAGAGAAAAUUGCAAGGAUGAACAACUUAUUCCUCAGCUGGGAUAUGUAGCUAAUGGUGAUGGUGAAGUAGUUGAACAAGUCAUUGGACAGCAAACUAAUGACCAAGAUGAGAGUAUCCUUGAUGGGAUGAUCCGAGAGCUACAGAGGGAACAAGAUCUGAGACUAAUUAAUGAAGGAGAAACUCUUCCAAACCCUCCACUCAAUAGAUCCCACUCUGUUACUGGAGCUCUUCGAAGUCCAGGUUUAGAUGUUACAUCUCCACCAAACGUUGGUCUCCGGAGAAGUGGUCAGAUCGAAGGCGUCCGGCAGAUGCACCACAACGCUCCUCGCAGCCAAAUGGCAACGGAGAGAGAUCUCAUGGCAUGGAGCAGGAGAGUGGUGGUGAAUGAGCUUCCUCCAGGCAUCAGCAAGGUCCAGGAAGAAUGUCGAGCUGCCAAAGGUGAAAUUGAAAUUAAUUUAUACACUGUUGAAAAGAAGAGAAAGCCAUCCCACACCUUGCAACGGAACGAUUACCAACCAGGAAGUGGAAGGUCUUUGAGAAGAAACCAACGCAAACGCCAGCACGCCUACCAAACGCGCUCCACGAUAGAGCACAGUCAGCAAGGAGCGAGUCAGAACGCACGGGCACGGGAGGAAUCAGACACCUCCUCAGAGGAAGAUGAGACUGUUGGCACAAGUGAUGCAUCUAUGGAUGAUCCCGUGGCAGCAUGGCAGAGUGAAAGCAGUUCCAGUGAUUCAUCAAGUGAAUAUUCUGACUGGACAGCAGAUGCUGGAAUUAAUCUCCAGCCUCCAAAGAGACAAACCAGGCAGGCAGCUCGGAAGAUCUGUAGUAGUUCUGAAGAUGAAAAUAUGAAGGGAACAAAAGGACUGGAGCCAAAACGAAGGAAACUUAAGCAGCCUAGAAAGAAGAAACCAGGUGGACUGCUUUCGAUGGAAGGUGAACCCAGUGAGGAAUGGCUCGCCCCGCAGUGGAUUUUGGAUACUAUACCCCGCCGCUCACCGUUUGUCCCACAAAUGGGAGAUGAGAUCAUAUACUUCAGACAAGGCCAUGAAGCUUACGUGCGGGCAGUAAGGAAAGCAAAAAUUUACAGUAUUAACAUGCAAAAACAACCAUGGAACAAAAUGGAACUCAGGGAACAAGAAUUUGUGAAGACUGUAGGAAUCAAAUAUGAAGUUGGGCCUCCUACACUCUGCUGCUUGAAGCUUGCAUUCCUAGAUCCAAUCACAGGCAAAAUGACAGGAGAAUCAUUUUCCAUAAAGUACCAUGAUAUGCCAGAUGUUAUUGACUUCCUCGUGCUGCAUCAGUUUUAUAAUGAAGCCAAAGAAAGGAACUGGCAAAUAGGGGAUAGAUUUCGCAGUAUAAUAGAUGACGCUUGGUGGUUUGGAACUGUGGAGAGUCAGCAGCCUUUCCAGGCAGAAUACCCCGACAGUUCCUUCCAGUGCUACUGUGUUCACUGGGACAAUAAUGAAAGAGAAAGGAUGAGUCCAUGGGACAUGGAACCAAUUCCAGAAGGAACUGCUUAUCCAGAGGAGGUUGGUGCUGGGGUUCCUGUGACUCCAGAUGAGCUGACAGCUCUUCUCUACAAACCCCAGGAAGGAGAAUGGGGCGCCCAUUCCAGAGAUGAAGAAUGUGAACGAGUAAUCCGAGGGAUUGAGCAACUUCUUUCCCUUGACAUUUCUAAUCCCUUUGCUGUUCCAGUGGACCUUAGUGCCUAUCCCAUGUAUUGCACUGUUGUUGCUUAUCCAACUGACCUCACCACAAUCAGGAGAAGGCUUGAAAACAGAUUUUAUAGGAGAAUCUCUGCACUGAUGUGGGAGGUACGAUACAUUGAACAUAAUGCCAGGACUUUCAACGAGCCAGACAGUCCCAUAGUCAAAGCAGCCAAAAUUGUAACAGAUGUCUUACUUCGCUUUAUUGGGGAUCAGAGUUGUACUGAUAUAUUAGAAAUAUAUAACAAGGUGAAAGCAGAAGACCUGAGCAGUACUGAUGAAGAAGAGGAGGUGGCAGAAGUAGAUGUGGAUUCAGACGCUCCAGGAACUUCAUCUGGAAAAAGACGAGUAAGACGACGAAUAAAAAGACAGCCCAUGAAAGCAAGUCCUGAUGCUUGGAAAGAGCAAUGCAAGCAGUUGUUAAACCUGAUUUAUGAAAGAGAGGACUCAGAGCCUUUUAGGCAGCCAGUUGAUCUCUUCUCCUAUCCUGAUUAUCGAGAUAUCGUAGACACUCCUAUGGACUUCAGCACUGUGAAAGAAACCUUGGAAGCAGGAAACUACACUAGUCCCUUGGAAUUCUACAAAGAUAUUCGUUUAAUAUUCUGCAACUCUAAAGCUUACACUCCUAAUAAAAAGUCUCGA